AAAAUAGAAAAAUAAACAAAUCCCUUUGAUGUUGAAUCCUUCGUAUCUUCUUCUUCCUCCCAUUCUAUUCUACUCUCUUCUACGCCUUUCUUUUAUUUCUACCUCCUGAAUUCCACAGAUUCCUGUUUCUCACCUCAACCCUACAACUAUUCUCUUUUCUAUACCCCUUCUCCUUUUCACUCUUUCCCUUUCUUUUCCUCUCACAGCUGCUGAUGUUUUGUGGGGUUUUACUUAGAAAUGGCGAAUGAGUUUGGUGAAUCGACAAGUAUGCCACAUCGGAACCCAUCGUGCUCUACUAACAGUGAUACUACUAAUAAUGAUACUGGUGAUUUUGAAUGCAAUAUUUGCUUUGAGUUAGCUCAAGACCCAAUUAUUACUCUUUGUGGUCAUCUCUUUUGCUGGCCUUGUUUAUAUAGAUGGCUGCAUCAUCACUCACAAUGUCAAGAAUGUCCUGUUUGUAAGGCUCUUAUUCAAGAGGAAAAGUUGGUUCCUCUUUAUGGUAGGGGUAAAAUACCAUCUGAUCCAAGAUUAAAUAGAUAUCCUGGUAUUGAUAUUCCAAAUCGUCCUGCCGGUCAAAGACCUCAAACAGCACCACCUCCUGUUCCUAAUGAUUUUGCAAACUAUGGAUUUGGAUUCACUGGUGGCUUUAUGCCAAUGGCAUCAGCAAGAAUUGGCAAUUUCACUUUAGCUACUGCUUUUGGUGGUCUGAUCCCAUCUUUAUUCAAUAUCCAGUUUCAUGGAUUUCCCGAUGCUACAGUUUAUGGAACUACUUCUGGUUACCCUUAUGCAUUCAACACCUUUCAUGGAGGUCAUGGUCACCAUUUUCCGCAACCGUCCACUCGAGGUCAGCAUGCUGAUAACGUACUGAAAAACCUUCUUUUACUUGUUGGUGUCUUUGUAAUUCUUGCCUUGCUCUGGUGGUAAAAGAUAAUGUUUUGACUUCAAUGGAAAUUACACAAGUGUAGAGAUUUUCAUUUAGUGCCUUAUGAAGUAGGUUAGCUGAUACUGUGGUCAUAUAUAUGUGUGUGUGUGUAUGCUUGAUAAAACUUACUGUGAGUUUACCAUCAAUUCGUGUUAUGGAUGUCCCAAAGGACUUCUGGUUGUUGCUUUCUUUUGCACAAACCAGCUCUCAUAUUCACAUCUUUCUACUGCAAACUUCUUUAUCCAACCGUAAUAAAGUGAAAAUUUUGCUAUUUUGUUCAA